CACAAUUCCAACUCUCCGUCUGCGUCGACAUCUGUGGCUGUCCUUGCCGAAUUUGUCAUCAACUGUCGAUGGGAAGGUGCGUAUGACUGCCCACAGGCACAGGAGAGGGCAGUACCUCUAGAUUAGGUCAUACCCCAGACGAGACUUCGUCCUUUUCCACGAAAUCCUUCAAUUGACUUCAACACCAUCCGAGUCUCGUCGUCUGCUUCUUCCCUGACUCUUCCUACGAACUGAACCAUUGCGUCCACCUGUGCCCUCAUCAACGCUUCUCGACUUAUCCGUUGUGCUGACUGAUUGCUACACCACCAUCACAUCAUUGACUCAUGUGACUCUCGAGUCGUUCCCCCCGGUUUUAUUGUCGAGUUGUUGCCCAGUACCCCUCUUCUUCUUUGACCGGCCUGACUUCUUGACUUCGACUUUUCGAGGAUUGCGUUCCGUUUCCCUCAUCCAUUGCGCCAGUCUUCAUAUCCGCAAACUUUGAUUAGCAAGCCUUGUAAAACAUCAUCUUCUAGCUAAAUAUCUCCAUACUGACAAUGGCUUCCAAAGAUAACGAGGGAUCCGGAGCUUUCAUUCGCAGCGAAAGCGCAUUCCGCCAUUUUAUCUCCCCUGAUCCCAAUGCUCAAUUUCCAGCAGACAAGGGGCGGUAUGCUCUGUACAUCUCGCCCACAUGUCCUUGGGCACAUAGAACCUCCAUAGUCCGGAUUCUCAAAGGACUCGAGGACAUUAUCGACCUGUACGAACUCCACGCAUCCAUGGGUCCCACGGGCUGGUACUUUAGCGGUAAAGGUUCUUCCUUCCCUGCAGACCCCUUUUACGGCUUCAAGUACCUCCCCGAUCUCUACAAGAAGGCCGACCCCUCCUUCACCGGUCCUUUUACAGUUCCCAUGCUCUGGGACAAGAAGACCCACACCGUUGUCAACAACGAAAGUUCCGAGAUUAUCCGCAUGCUCACUACCGCCUUUGAUCACCUCCUGCCGGAACACCUACGUGAAGUGAACAGGCCAGGUGGCGGACUGUACCCGAAGCAUCUGCAAUCUUCCAUCGAUGAGGUGAAUAGCUGGGUCUACAAUUUGAUCAACAACGGAGUGUACAAGACAGGCUUCGCUACCACCCAGCAGGCGUACGACGCGAAUCUGUACCCACUUUUCGAGGGACUCGAUCGUGUUGAGCAACUCCUCUCCUCCCCUGCACCCAGCGAUGGUGGCUCGCCAGAAACAAAGUCAAGGAAAUACCUUCUUGGGGACAACCUCACUGAGACUGACGUCCGUUUGUAUACCACAAUCAUUCGAUUCGACGUCGCGUACCGCCCAGUGUUUCAGUGUAGCCUCAAAUCCAUUCGACAUGACUAUCCAAAUAUCUACUCCUGGCUCCGCCGCUUGUAUUGGGAUCAAGACAGCCGCGAGACCAAUUCCGCAUUCCACUCGACAUCUGCACCGUACCUAAAUAUGUAUGGGCCGUCAUACGCCGCUGCAAGGCACAAGAAAGUUUUUGGCGGGCAGGGGCCUUUCAUUGUCCCUGGGGGGCCGACACCGUUGAUCGAUCAGUUGUAGGGCAGAAUUUCCACAAAUGAAAAUCUUCGAUGCUCUGCUGCAGACAUUACUGCGAAACGAUGAUCGUUGGUCGGCCGGUAAACGAAAUGAAUGCUUCCUCUUCCUAUUACACAAGACCGUCCAACAGGAUCCAACGCUUUCAAGGAGUGAAAAAAGAAGACAAGGAAAGUGCGAAAAUAGAGGUCGAAAGUAACAGCCUGUCCAAAGGUUACCUCGUGUCGUUUUUGUCAGCCAAUUCUCCAAGCAUAGAGAGGCGCAAUGGAUGAUACCUCUAACUGUGGCCAUUAGACAAAUUACUGGGGUUGAUG